UUAGAGAUAGCCUUUCCUUCCUGGGCGGGACAAUCAGAGGGCAGUUUUAGAUAUAUCGCUCAGCCCCUUUGCAGAUGCGAUUGGAGCCAUCCGACCUUGACUGAACUCACCCUACUCGUAAUAAGAUUACGCCGACUGGGGAGGAGUCCGUGCUGUUGGCUAUUCAUCAUUCUGUUGGAUGAUGUAUGUCACAUGUCCCACAGCGUGUGUGUAACCUUAUAUAUUCCACUUGUCACGCAGUAUUCAGUCUCUAGAAUGUUUGCUCCUUAGUCAACUUCGAGACCUUCAACUUCUGCAUUCCUGCCAUCAGUCUCGUUGGAAUUCUUUUUCUCAUCGAAACCACACUAUAGGUUCUGAGACCGGCCUACAAUGAGCCCAGUACGUAUUGAGAAGCGGCACCACUCGCUCAAGAGACCUCCCAACCACAAGGUAUCCAAUCCUCGAUGGACUGUGGUGUUUCCCGACCAUGUGGAGCAUGUCUGUACUCUCUACUUGGGUGUUCAGUGCCAUGCAGGUGAUAUGAACUCUCUCGCCAACGUAGAGAGAAUCAUCAACGAAUUCCUAAAUCACCCCGCGAGUGCGGCUGAAUCUAUCGAAGUGUUUCGUGUUAUCUUGGGGAACGACUUGCCAGCCUCGAAAGUGUGGAUCGCUCAUUGGACUCGAAGAGAAGUCUUCUCUGCAAUGUUGGAAAAGCUCAACCUCCCGCAUAUGUGGCAAGAACUGGGUUCUGCACGGAAAGGAAUUGGAUUGUGGCGCGAAUCAUUUGUGACGCCCAGGAAGAGACUACAAACGAACUACUCCAGAUUGGAGUACAAGCCUGGUUUGGCUCGCCUGAAGAGUGUGGCCAUCGAAGCUCAUGACAAUACAGAAUACUGGGGCGCGGGAAGAGAUCGGCUGGAAGCGUCUUCCAACGACCUUUUCGAGCUGCCAUCAACACUGAAUGUGAACAAGACACAGCCCGAAGGCUUUGGUCAACGACUUUUUGGUGUGAACUACGACAAUAUGUGUCACAUUCGCUCGGGUCAAUACUGGGGUCUCUGUGGCCCUGAAGAGCGUGAUGCAUACGAGAAUGGCCUGCAGAAACAACUUGUGCGAGGUAUGAGGUAUCUCUGGGAGAAUCCCGAGGAAACAGGCACCAUCGGGCUGAGGUUUGGUAGGAGACUGGCGACAUAUAGCGACAAGCGCAACUUGAGAGAGACUUCUGCCUUUGGUUUCCAUCGCAACUGGGCUGAUCUCGAGAAAUGGGCAAGCCGACAUCCGUCACAUUUAGACAUCUUCACCGGCGCCAUGAAACACAACAAGCGGUUUGGGGAGGCGAGGAGAUUCAUGACCUGGCAGGAGGUUUCCAUCCUCAAGGCGGGCGAGGCAAGUUUUGAAUACAUCAAUUGCAACCCCAGAACUGGGGUCAUUCAGUGGGUAGAUUUAGCAGUCCAGCCUUUGAUGUCGAUGAGGGAAAUCAAGCUAUAGACAUUCUUAUGUAGCUCAAACCAGUUGCAAACGGAA